UGGCAAUUCCUACUACAGGACGGGUUUCCAAUCACAACAGCCCACAAUGCUACAGUCCCGAUUCUUAACGCCCAUGCGGCUGCUCGAACGAGCCAUCGCCCCAUCUCUCCGUUCCUCGCAAUCCCUCACCCGAUCCUCAACCACCACACCGUCGUCCAUCCUCCCGCGGCCAAUCUCAGCCACCCCAUCCCCCCUCUCCAGCCGCCUUCUUCUCCCCCUCUCCCAAGUCCGCCACGCCUCUCACGCCUCCCAAGGCGCCGGCAACCGACACUCGCGCGACCCGGCCGGCAAACGCCUCGGCGCGAAGCGCUCCGGCGGAGAAUACGUCGUGCCAGGAUGCAUCAUCUUCCGGCAGCGGGGGACGAAGUGGUUCCCGGGCGAGAACUGCGCGCUGGGCCGAGACCACACCAUCUACGCCACGGAGGCCGGCUACGUGCGGUACUACCUGGACCCGGAGCUGCAUCCGGACCGCAAGUUCAUCGGCGUCUGCUUCGAGAAGGAGGGCAAGCUGCCUACGCCGCGGAAUGCGCCCAGCCGGCGGAAGCUGAACCGCGUUGCGGUGCCGCGGAUUGAUGUCGCCGAUGAGCCGCCCGCGCGCUCGGAUCUGACGGCCCAUGUGGGUGCGGAUGGUGUUGUGGUUGCGAGCGUGGACGCUGCGACCGCUGCGCAGGGUGGGCCCCAGCUGCGUCCGGGUUAUAUGUACCGUGAGGCGAAUUGGCAGAUUGGUCGCGCUGCAGAGAAGGCGGGGAUUACGGCGAAGCCGUAUAAUAGCAAGAACCGCUGGUUGGCGUGGCGGAAGAGACAGGCUCGUGCUGAUCGCGCGGCCCAGAUGAAGAGUUUGAAGAACAAGAAGAAGACCAAGAAGGGCAAGGGUGGUCGCUAAACGAUACAUGUCAAGAUAUUUUUCUCUUUUUUUGUUCGGUCUGUCGACUCGUUGACUGGAUUGGAAUGGAAUGGAAUCGGUGCUUUAACUUGUUGUACUUAUAGAUGUUGCUAGCCGUAUAAAUGUACCAUGUGUGAAG